AUCCCUACACAUAUUUAUUAUUAUUAUUUAAUAAUUUUCCAUUUAUUCAUCCUCAAUAUAUACAUACAUACAACUGCGUGUGUGUAUAUUUGUUUCGGAAUUAUAUCUUGCUUGCAACGAUUCAUCAAUCGAGCUCUCAAUAUUGACGAGUUUCGAGUGACAGUUUCUCGGAGGCAAGGGUCUGUCGGAAAUUAUCUGGCUUUUGGACCAAUUAAGGUGACAGUAAUUUUAUAAGCGACUUCGAACAAAUGAGCGGUUUAGAAGGAAUUGAUGAUAAGAUAGAAUCCGUUAGUGAUCUCAACCAGGACAAAAUUGAUAAAGUUGGAGUUAGGUCUGAACCUCCAGCAGUAGAAUGUCCGAAGGUGGAGGCUGAAUAUGACAGCGAUGAUCUGCCCACUAAAGCUUUAAAUUCUGCACAACAGAAGAAAGAAUUAGAGAAGGCCGGUGAGUUGCUUUCGUCGACUGAUGCCAAAGAAACAGUUACACAUCAUGGUUCUCCAAAUGAAAGUGAUGCAUCUGAUAUUGUGGAGCAGGAUGUAAAAGUUUGUGAUAUAUGUGGAGAUGCAGGCCGUGAAGAAUUACUUGCUGUAUGUUGCAGAUGCAGUGAAGGCGCUGAGCACACUUACUGCAUGCGUGAUAUGCUGGAAAAGCUUCCAGAAGGUGAGUGGCUUUGUGAAGACUGCAAGUUCGAUGAAAGAAAAGCUCAGGAGAAAGCUAAAUAUAAUACAGUGGAUGGUGAUGAACUAGAAGAUAGUUCGCAUGUGAAACUGUCACGGAAAAGAAAAUCAGAUGAUGCAGAAGUUUCCUCAGUGGCAAAAAGGCAGGUUUUAGAACCACCAAUUAGGUCACCCAAGACCUCGAGUCCUAGAAGAGUUGACGCACUUUUCCGGGAUAGUUCAUUCAAGAACUUAGAUAGGGGGAAAGUAAAGCCUGCACAUCAAAAUACCACUACUCUUCAAACUGGUAAUAGUGCUAUACAUGCUGCAGGUCCUCAAGAUGCACGACUAAAUACAUCUCGAGGCAACCUUUUCAAGUCUAAAUCAUUCAGUUCCGCAAGUGCAAAACCAAAAGUUAAGCUUGUAGAUGAUAUAGUUCCUCAAAAGCAAAAAUCAAACAGAGAAGCUGCUCCCCUUGAUGCAAAGGGAGGGCUUUGCAGAUCUAUGGGGAAGUCUAUGUCAUUUAGAUCUGUGAACUCGGGACGUUUGAAUUCAACAGAUUCAAAAGUUAAAAUGUUAUCCCCUAAGUUUUCUCAUGGCCAAGAUAUAAAAGGCCAGAAACACACGAAAGAGCGGAGCUUGUUUGAGAGGAAGAAUUCCAUUAGAUUAGAACGUCCUUUGGUUAAUUCCACAGGAGCCUCUUCUACUUCCUCAUCUCCCAGGGUUGAUAGAAGCGCAAGUAUUCGUGAUGAAACUGUUCCAGUUUCUUCUACGAGCAACAAACGCGAGUUAAAGGCUGUCUCCUCUGAUAGUAAAUUAACGCAGUUGUCAAGACCAGCAAAUAAAGUUAUGUGUAAAGAUUCAGAAGUAUCAAUUCCUUCAGGUGAAGGUACGAGGCAGUUGUCGUCUGCGAGCGGAAUUGGCAGUCGUGUAGAGAAGUCAAUACAGGCUAGAGUGAGAGAUGAUUCCUCAUCUACUUCUCUUAGCACCGAACGGCAAAUCAGUAUACCAGAUCAUGCCCGAGAAUCAACAAAUGUGGUCGAGAAUGUCAAGGAAAUAUCUGUUAGUCACCCAAAGCAUAGUACAGCUGGUGGGAAAAUCACUCCUUGUCAAAAAUGUAAAGAUGUUGGUCACUCUGCAGAUUUUUGCACCAUUGACAGCCCAAAGCAAUCACUUGCCUCAGAUGUCCAUACUUCAAGAAGUUCGAAGGAGGCGAUCUACAAAGAUAAUAAAUUGAAAGCUGCUAUAGAGGCAGCGAUGCUUAAAAAGCCCGGGAUUUAUAGAAAGAACAAAGCUCCUGAUCAGUCUGUUGAGUUAGGUGUGUCUGGCAAUGUUAAUAGUGAACUAUGCACUCAAGAUCAGCUGUCUAACACGCGUAACCCAAAGAAAUUGGUAUCUGCAGAGGGGCAAAGUAAGGAGGUAGCUAGUACAUGGAACUUUAACACGGAGUUUCCGAAGCUGACAACUGGUACCAAUGUCAAGCAGUUUACAAACUCAGCUGAAGCAGUUACUGCCUUGUCACAUAGGCCAAUUCCCCAUGCCGAUGGCAAGUCUAUUACAAUGGAAUUGCCAACUCCUUGGUCGAUUUCUGGUCUGUCAGUUGUGCCAGCUAUCCCGGAGCAUGACUAUAUUUGGCAAGGGUGUUUUGAGGUCCACAGAAGCGGAAAACUACCAGACCUUUAUGAUGGGUUUCAGGCCCAUUUGUCAGCCUGUGCAUCUCCCAGAGUUCUUGAAACAAUGAAGAAGUUUCCAAGCACAGUUUUGUUGAAUGAAGUACCUCGCUGGAGUGCAUGGCCAAUACAAUUUGAAGAAACUGGAGUCAAUGAAGAUCACAUUGCACUCUAUUUCUUCGCAAGAGACUGUGAAAGCUAUGAGAAAGGCUACAAGUCUAUACUGGACACAAUAAUGAGGAAUGACCUUGCUUUGAAAGGAAAUGUUGAUGGUGUUGAAAUCCUGAUUUACCCUUCUAAUCAUCUUCCAGUGAAAUACCAGCGUUGGAAUAUGAUGUUCUUUUUCUGGGGUGUAUUCAGAGGGAAGAGAAAUAGUUGCUUGAAUCAAGUGCUAGGUUCCCCAAAGAAAAUAGCUAAUUCCAGGGACAUGCCUACGGCUUCUAUGUCUUCAAUUGAAGCCACAUCUCCCCUAGUAUCAAUAGAAAAGGAGUUGCCUACAUGCAACAGAACUCUAAAGUUGGCAUCUGAUGACAAUUCGUUGAUAAAUCUGCAACGUUUACCAGCAGCUAAGACGAAGAAUGGGGAUGGUGACUGCAAAGCAGUAUCUGAUUUGCAACAGAAUGAUUGUGUAACGUCUCCUAAGGAACAAGGUUCUGGAUUAGAUUGCAAAUCAGUACCUACUUAUCAAAUGAAGCCUCCACUGGCACGGCAGGAUAAUAGAUCCCGAUCAGCAUCACUGGAAGGACCAGUUGACAAGGAAUGCAAAGUGAAUGAAGAACCCAAAUCAGCAGUCCAAGUUGCCAGUAGCUCUAGCUGUUCCGAUGCUUCUGUUGAAAAGAAGACGGGUCGCAGAAAUACAAGAUUUGAUAUGCGUCCUUUGACUUCCAUAGAACACUUAGGGGAGGUGAAUAACAAAGAGCAACUGAUUCCAAAGAAUUCCAAAAUUGAGGGCCCAUCAGAAGUGAUUGAGGAGAGGGGCGCAGUGAGAUUCUCAAGUAACAAGGAAUUUAACAGCUGGCCUUUAUCCCACAGAAAGCGAUCAGGUUUUGAUCCGCCAGCGUCAGAAUCAGAAGCCACUUUUGUUGGCUCAAAUUUAGCUGUGCAUGGGAUUAACCGAAACAGAAGAUUUGAGGAUGAAGAUAUUAAUAAAAAACAAAAAUUGGACUACAGUGAUUUGUAUGGUUUAGGUGAUCGUACAAGUUCUUCAACCGAUGGUCCACAGUUACAAGUUUCGGCCUCUAGUUUUAUGAAGAAAAGAUACGAUGAAGCUUCUAAUGAGACGUUGAUCAGCAGGACUCCAGGAAAUGCGGAAAGGCAUUUCUUUCCUGUAGAUCCUAAUCAUGUGAAGCACAUUGAUUUAGGUGAUAAUUCGGUACUUGGGAAAUCGGCAUUGUCAGUGGAGCAUGAACCCCUUAAAAGUAAGAUCCCUAAUUUAAAUCUUGCUUUAGGGGAUGAUACACAAGCAGAAAACAAUAAUCAGGAUCAGCCUUCUGGAAGAACAGUGAUGACAUCUGAGGAAGAUGCAUCUGCAGCUCUGUCGCUUUCACUCGCAUUCCCCUUUGCAGAUAAAGAGCAGGCGGGGCAGCAAGUUGCAACAAAAGGGCUGCCCCCACCCGGAAGGCAACAAGAGCUAAAUUUUCUUAAAGGCUUUUCUGCUAAGUAGGCACAUGGGAAUUGCUGUAUAUUGUAACCCAUAUGAAUGUGGUAGAUGUAUACCAAUAUCAUGUAUAAUGAUGUUGACUGUGGGUUGUACAUGAAAAUCAGUCCCAUGUGUUCAUUAGCGCUUAGGAUUUAUAGAUUUCCUGUCCUUUUUGAUCUUUGGUUUGCCAUUGCAUAGACGAAAGCUGUUUGUAUAUAUAGAAAUGGAGAUGAAACUUUGGACUCGAAUCAUCGUUGUAGCUAUCUAUGUUGGGUGCUGGUCCCAGCAUACACAUACUGGGGAGGGUGCAUGAAGCUUAUUAUUUUAUAACUGUU